UUGCGGCAGCCUGCUUAAAUUAGACGGCAACGGGUACCUCCUAGUACGUAUGAACGCAACACCCCAAGUUUCGGACAUUUUUUUCAAAUCAUCGACCACCAGUAAUUCAAACGGAAACUACGGAACCGUUUCUUAUAUAUUAUUCCACCCUGCACUGCGGGUUUCCUAUUUUUUAUUCCCCUAGUCCUCGAUUCGUCAGGCAUCUGGCGUCCCCCAUGAUUUAUAAUAGCUGAGGAGUUUUUCAGUUUCAAGAUCUGUGAAAAGAUUUUGCCUUUUUUUCCCUUCUUUCUUUCCUUAUUGGAGAGAUGGGGAGGGGAAGAGGAACAGUGGCAGACAAGGUUACAUUAAAUGUUGGGGGAAAGCGGUUCGAGACGAGCCGGGCAACGAUUGCCCGGGCGGGGCGAGAGUCGAUGCUGGGGGCAAUGAUUCAUCCCGAUUGGAAUUUUUCAGAUCAACAGGGCCAGGGACAUGGGGGCGAAGAAUAUUUUAUUGAUCGAAAUCCGGCCUAUUUUGCCCCUCUUUUGGAUUUCCUUCGUACAGGGGAGCUUCAUAUUCCUCCAAACAUGUCGGAAAAGGCGCUGUACAGAGAAGCCCUGUAUUACGGCCUGAUUGACAGCAUUCAUAUGACCCGAUGGGGUCGUCUGGACGGGAACAGAGUCGAACUCGCGACCUCUGUACGGGGUCGGGCCACGGGGGACGCCGCGGCGAUUCGAGCCGACGGUCACGGCGGGUGUUGCGUGGCUCAUGGCAGCAUGGUUCAUGUCUAUGACUGGACAAUGGAGGAAUUGCCCCCGCUUUCUCUGCACUACAAUGCCGUCAACGAUGUGGGCUUUCUCGACCCGCAGCGCCUCGUCAUCACCACCUGUGCCAGCGUGGACAAGCCCGGGCGAGGAGGCAUGGCGUCCUUCAAUACGCGGACGGGCAAAAUGCAGCAUAAAUUCGAGCUCUGUGAUUCGGGACACCAGGUCAAUUUCAGGGCAGGGGCGCUCUGUAGCGGCGAUGGACACGUGUACGCCAGCUGUAGGGGUCGCAGCGAUGAGCACGGGUUGGGGGUCUGGGAUCAGGUCACUGGCCAACAACUGGACUUCUUCUGCGAGGCUCUUGGAGACGCUGGAAAGUUACAGUGGCUCUCGACCGGCCGGUUGCUCGCUGUUUCGACGCUUUUUCCCCGGAGUGACCGUGGCCACGUCAGCCUCGUCGAUUUCCGGUGCCGUAGCGUGGUCUGGUCGUGGACUGAGCAGCACCAGGCCGAUAAGAUUGUGCUGGACAACGUUGCUCUCGAGGACUACGCUACGAUUUGCGUGGUCAAUCAGUUUGAUCACAUUGGGUUUAUUGAUAUGAGAAUUAACGGGCAGCAGGGGCAGCAGGGGCACGUUAAGUGGAGCCACCGGAAUCGGCCGGGCAACGCUUCGAAUGUUGAGGAGAAGUGCUAUUCGAAGCUCGCAGCUUGCGGAUCGCAGCUUUUUUCAACCAGUAAUGGCGGCGUUAAUGUCUUGUGUGGGCCCGAUUGGGUGCUCACCUCGCAGCUGCGCAACAAAGGCGGCGGUGGCGGCGGGGGCGAGAUCUCGGAUAUCGCCGUCGGUGGAGAUCGGCUCUUUGUUUUGCACAAUGAGGAGAAUUUGUUCGAUGUCUGGGAAACUCCCAACCUCGUUAAUGCCUGCUAUGACGACGCUUAGCUUAGCUGGUUUUUCUUGGUUUUGAGAGAUUUUAAAGAAUUUCACUGUACAACAACGGGGGUCAAGAGAUUUUGGCUUGGGCAAAAAUAGGGUUUUUUUUGGGUUUUUUUGGGUUUUUUAAAUUUUGACAGGGUCGCAGUCCGUGGCAGUGUGAGAUAGGGAAAUGCCCAUCUGUGACUGCGUUUAGAGAAAAUACUAAUUAUUAUCAUUAUCUGUAAUGUGAAUCUUCUGACUUGCAAAUAUGAAUUCAUGGUUGUAAUUAUUAAUUA